CGGACUUCUUGUCAGCUUCACUUCUCGCCUUUCUGACUCGUCAUCGUAGCUCUGUCUGAUCGAGCAUCCGCCACUACUCGCUGCCGCAGUCUCGGCGACAGCGUCGAGUCAUGGUAGCUAAAGCGACGCGCUCACGACAGCCGCUAGCUUCAUCGUCCUCGUCCGGUCAGAUCAAGAGAGUAUACGGCUCUUCUAUUGGUCCCAGCGUCAAGCGCUUCCGCAGUCUUGGCCCCUCGUCCUUCGCCAUAAAUCAGGGAUGGAACGGCGCUAGCUCAGUCAGCCCUCUCUCUUCUCCUUCUCCCUCUGCCUCCCACUCACUCGCCAUCACCGCCAACACUGAGGCUCAACAACUCGAUAUGGGCACUUUCGAUGGAGCAGGACCAUCAAAGACGUCGAGAUCCCGCUCUUCGUCCGCAUCGUCCUGCCUGUCACUUCCUUCAACUGCCUCGUCGCUCAGCAUGUUCGAUGACGAUGGCCACGACAAGGGCGGCCGCACUCAGGAGCAAGAGCCCACGCCGCCUUCUAGCCCAUUCGAAGGCCAGCAGCAGUUCGAUGACAAGAAGAUCGCUGGCGUUGAGCUUGAAGGUGAACAGGCGCCCCCUAGCUCCCAGCCUGGCACGCGCUUCAAUGGUCUUCUGAAGCAGAGACCAUCCGGACUGAGUGCGGAUGCGGACGGCAUCGUCGAAGACAGCCUGGCCUCGACUUCAGCUCUCGUCGUGCCAGCGAAGAGGCAAAGGAGAGCGCCCAAGAGAUCGCCCACAAUGCUCAGCGAGCAGGCGUCCCGGCGGGCGUCGAGUUCAGCCACCACGAACUCACGUAGCGUAUCAGCAUCAACCUCCGCACAUCCUCAAUGCAAGGCUGGGUCGAGAGCUUCAUCUGCAUCCUCCGCUACGUCCUCUCUGUCGUCAGUCCCAUCAGCCUCAGCCUCGCCUUCAGAGUCGCGCCGCCUCACGCCACCGCCAUCUCCCUCCACGCUGCAUGCGCUCGUCACGGCGAGCACAUCACGUCCAGCCCCUCCGGCUGAUCACCCAGGCAGGAGCAUCGCCCACGCUCAAAGUGGCUGCGGAGGAGCAGACAGGCAGACUGGAAUGCUCUUGAGGGACGGAAGAUUGCUGGUGUACGAGGACGAUGAUAAUGACGCGGGGUCCAAGAAAGCAGAGGUCGCUGUGAGCAACAGACCAGUCACUCGCAGUCGAGCAUCAAGGGCACUUCCACCGCAAGAGCCGCCACAGCAGCAGCCGUCAGAGAAGGAGGAACCGCUAGCUAAGCGUCUCCUCAAGCGCAAGGCGUCAUCGAGGUCUAGAGGGGGAGACAGCCGCGGCAGCGAGGCAGGAAGCUCGAAGGCAGUCAGCAGCCAAUCUGGCAGCAGCAAGACCUCAAGGAGAGCCUCAAGCUCAGCAGCAGCGGGCAGCAGUAGCGGACACAGCAGCGGUGCAUGCGGCUCACGUAUGGUGGUCCUUCGUCGUCGAGGCCGAGCAAGCGCGCCGGCCCUAGUAGGCCGUCAAGUAGACGAAGAGCCCAGCACGUCCGACGAGGAACUAAGCGCCUUCUUUUGCAAUCGUCCACCCAGGCCCAAAUUACGGGCUCACGCACAGGGCGUCGCAGCCGGUGCUAGCAAGACGGGAAGGCCAUCGAUCCAAGCAGCCAUCCGCGGUCGCGCUUCUCUCCCCUCCUUCCCAAGCACCGCCCCCUACAAGCUUCGCACCCCAGUUCUCCUGCCGGAGCGAAGCUACUAUGCGAGGACGAAGAGGGAGGAAGCCAGUCCGACUCCAGGGGCAUUGCAGCGACGCGCAGAGAUCAUAGAGAAGAGGGUUCUCCAGGGCAUAGAGUCAGAGCCGCCGCUCGCGGGCAGGGGAAGAAAGGUCGGCGCAAUUGAGGAGCUUGAUGAGAUGGACGGGAGGAAGGAGGAGGGGUUGCGACGUGAUGAACCGGCUGCUGCAACUUCUUCGACCGCCGGCGAUGCUGCCGGCAUCAAGGGGAAAGGCAAGUUAACCAGCUCUGCCACGGUAAAGCGAUCGGUCGCCAUGAGAAGGAAGACGAUGGGCUAAGCCACAACGAGACUCGCAUAUGUCUAUCUCAUCUAGCACCCCAACUUCGACACCAUCUCAGGACAGCACAAUUGACACCACCAUCGCUACCUAGCAACGCCGUCUUGCUCAGCGGCGAAAAUCUCUUCGUCUCGAAGAAGUGACCGAAGGAGGAGUGAGACCAAAUGGCGACCUCAUGAGAAGGAGGAAGGAGGGGAUCAUUGAAAGGGAGAGGGAGAAGAGAGGAGAAGGAUCAUCAAUCUGGCGCUCAAUUUGAGCUUCCUUUCGUUUCAAUAGCAAUACCACCCACCAUCAUGCAUCGC